CAUAUAGAUAUCUUUUGAGCACAAGAAGGCCAGGUGACCAAAUUUUGUCGCUCUCUCCCCUGAUUCUAAAGCUUCAAAGGCCAUGGCUGAUGCGAAAAGAGUACCGAUAUUCCUCUUAAUUCUCAAUCUCAUACUGUAUUUUAUUGUCAUCAUACUUGCGACGUGGGCAGUAAAUUAUGGGAUUCAAACACAUGAUGAAAUAGCAUACUUGUCAACCCCAGCUCGCAUAUUUCCAAUGUAUUUUCCAUUUGGUAAUAUGGCGACUGGUUUUCUCGUCAUUUUCUCACUUGUCGCUGGCAUUGUGGGCUUCACAACCUCAAUUACCGGAAUCAGUAACCUUAGAGAGUGGGAUUAUCCCAACCUACUUACAACUGCUGCCUCUUCUCUCACCACUUGGUUUCUUACAUUACUUGCCAUGGGAUUGGCUUGCAAAGAGAUUAAUAUGGGCUGGACAGAUUCAGACUAUUCUUUUCCCAAUUUGACACAUUCAAACUUGCAUGCCCUGGAGGCUUGUAUCAUAAUUCUAAGCUGGACACAACUAUUUUACGUGGUUGCUAUCCAGGCCGUGGCUGGAGAUAUGCACGAGACGCUCACGGCGCUUGGGUCAUCAAUAGGCGUAGUUUAGUGAUUUUAAUGGGUCUAUGUAACUUGUAAGUGGUGUAAGAUGAUUGGACUUUGCUUUUUGUUUUUUUUUUUUUGUUUUUGGCAAGGACUCAAUUUAACCUUCUUAGAAUAAAAUAAUACAUUUGACCUCUACUUUUA